AUGGCGCCCCAAUCCAAGAACAAAAAGGCCCAGGCGCAGAACUCUGUGAACUCGCAGAGAAUCACGGUGAAUGGCGAAGAAUUUCUCGAAGUCAAGGAAGGUCUAGGCCGAAUCUUGAACCCAGUUGCCAAGUCAGACGGCUCGAAAGAUGCCCCGACCGAGGAGGAGCAACAAAAGGUCUUUUACAAUCCCAUUCAGCAAUUCAACCGCGACCUCACUGUCCUUGCGAUCAAGGCUUAUGGCGAGGAAGUAGUCGCAAAACGACGCGCUGCUACCGAGAGAAAGAUUAACAACAAGAAGCGAAAGAGGGACGAAGCCGAGGACGGAAAUACACAAACACAAGAUGCUGCUGUCUCGACUGCUCAGAUAGACGCAACAACAGCACCAGCCCCCGAGAAACAAGAACAGUCUGGCGACCCCAUGGACAUUUCUGAAGAGUCAAAAGAUGCACAGGUAGGAGAGACCAAGACAAAUGGAACCGAGGGAGUCCCCAAACAGAGAAAUCUGCAACCGCCUAAAUUCACCAUUCUCGAUGCCCUCUCGGCAACUGGCCUGCGAGCAUUGCGAUAUGCGCAAGAGCUGCCUUUUGUCACAUCAGUGACUGCCAACGAUCUCACACCGUCUGCCGUCGAGGCCAUCAAGCGCAACGUUGCGCACAAUGGAGUCGAGUCAAAGGUCGAGGUCACCCAAGGUGACGCACGCGCCCACAUGUUCUCGCUGAUUGCCGCCGAAGUUACUCGAGAGCACGAGACCAACCCUCGAGGUUUCAAAAAAGGCCCAAAUUCGCCCUCGGGAAAAUACGAUGUCAUUGACCUCGACCCGUACGGAACGGCUGCAACCUUUUUUGACGCUGCAGUCCACGCCGUACGUGACGAUGGCGGUCUGCUUUGCAUAACCUGCACCGACUCUGGAGUCUUUGCUUCAAACGGCUAUCCCGAAAAGGCAUUUGCAUUGUACGGAGGAGUGACUGUAAAGGGCUUCUACUCACAUGAAGUUGGCUUGCGCCUUGUUUUACAUGCCCUAGCAACUACUGCUGCACGCCAUGGUCUUGCUAUUGAACCUCUACUCAGCUUGUCCAUUGAUUACUACCUUAGAGUGUUUGUCCGCAUCAGAAAGUCUCCCGCAUCUGUCAAAUUCCUAGCAGGCAAGACCAUGUCCGUAUACAGCUGUGACCAAGGCUGUGGGGCUUGGGAGACUCAACUCCUUCUUCGCAACAAAAAGGUUGCCAAUAACAAGGGCAGUGGCGUAUUCUAUAAGCAUGGGUUUGCUCAAGCGCCCACCACUGACUCUACCUGCAAGCAUUGUGGCAGCAAAACACAUUUGGGCGGUCCCAUGUAUGCUGGGCCCCUUCACUCGGCCGACUUUGUCCAGCGGAUUCUGUCUAGUCUCCCGGAUGCGUCCAAGGAUGUAUACGGUACAACGACUAGAAUCGAGGGUAUGUUGCAUACAGCCCUGGAGGAACUAUCCCUUCCCGCCCCCGAGGACCCUCUCGAAGCAUGCAAAGACGACGAACUUGCUGCCCUUGAACCAUAUCCCUUCUUCUUUCAUCCCUCGUACCUAGCAGGUGCAGUGCACUGUUCAUGCCCAGACGAAGAGAGCUUCCGCGGAGCCCUUCGCGGGCUUGGCUACGAAAGCACGCGUAGUCACUGCAAGCCAGGAAGUAUCAAGACGAAUGCUCCUUGGUCAGUCAUCUGGCAUAUUAUGAGAGAAUGGGUGCGGCAGAAAGCCCCAGUCCGAACAGACAAGAUCAAGGAAGGCAGUGCGGCAUAUAAGCUGCUGAGACUUGAUCAAGCAAGUAGCGAGGGCAAGGAUGAACAACAGACUGAAAAGAGUGAAAUUGACAAGCUCGAGGUUGUGUUUGAUCAAUCUCUGGGUAAAGACAAGUCCAGGAGGGGCCUCAUUAGAUACCAGAUGAACCCCAAAGAGAACUGGGGACCAAUGGGUAGGGCCAGUGGACAUUAG